GACGUCUUUCGCGAAUUCAGCUUCGUAGGUGUCCCUGGAAUGGCAUCUCGUGUCAUCUUGAAUCUUUCCCUAAGUUUCGUCAUCGACUUCAUGAAUGCAUCGGCGGAUGAGUGGCGUAGUUACAUGAGGACGAGAUAACGCCGUUGCGGCUCUACGAGAUGCGGCGCCUACCUCUGGCUUAUCGCAUCAUCCCAUUCCCGCCAUGCCCAGCCUCUCAGCCGGCAGGCGUGAUCUGUCGUCGUCAUGCGGCAACGCUGCUCAGACCGCAUUUCAGCACAACACGAAUAGGGCCCGACUGUCCUUCUUGCCUGCCAUGCAGUCAUCGGUGUUUUAGCACGGCGCCUGCACAGGAGUCGGACCCGCCCCACCCCUCUCCCACCCACCCCCCUUUGAGCAGCCGUCGGCGCACCCACAAGCCCCACCCCGAGGUCCACCACAACCACAAGCCGCACCACGGCCACGUCACCCGUCCCCCCUCCCUCCGCCGCCACCACAAGUCGCCUCGCCGGAAGCUGUUGCUCCGGUUGAUCCAGCCUCUCCCCCCGCUCAGCCCAGCACUCCUUUCGCCAACACAGCGUAUGCGUCAGUCGAUCAACCGGCUGCGCGAGCGUGUGGCGGCCAUGUCCAAGGGCAGGGCAGGAUGGCGGCUCAGGGUGCAGCUGCCUCUGGGUCUCAGGGCUCGUGCGCGUGCCCUCAGCCAGCGGUGGGUGGAGGGCCGGCGGAGGCUCGGGGUGGCCGUGCAGAAGCGGCGGGAGCAGCUCAAACGCAUUCGCAAGAGAAUCGCUGAGCGAUCCAGAAAAGUAUGUAGUAAGAGGAUCAGAUAGAUGGAUUUGCCAGCUGGAAUGUGCUACCAUCCAUCCUUCUUGUCUGGAUGUCAUGUCUGUCGGUGUGUCAUGCAGGCGGCCAAGGGGCUUCGUGGCAUGUGGCGCAAGUACGGUUGGGUGGGUGUGGGCGUGUACUUUUCCAUCUACUGGACGGUGCUGAUGUCGCUCUACGCGGCGGUGUCGCAGGGCGGCAUCACGGCCGAGCACCUGCAGUGGCUGCUCGACUACUUCCACCUCGACGACAAACUGGACACACACAAGCUCAAAAAGGGCGCCGACAGCUGGUGGGGCAAGUUCCUUUUCGCCUGGUUCCUCAUGAAGUUCACAGAGCCGCCACGGAUGCUCGCCACCAUCGCCCUCACGCCACUGGUAGCACGGUGGCUGAGAUUGAGACAGGCGAGGAGGGCGGGGGCGGCCCUCAAGACCGCUGCUAGUGCUAGUGGCAAGCAGAACGGGGGAAGGCACAAGUGACUGACGUGUGUGUAGGAGAUGGGUGGGUGCCUGCCUGUGUUGUCGUGACUGACAAGUUUUGAAGUGUCGUGCGCGCAAAGUGUAAGUGUGUGUGCGCGUGUGUAGACUAGUGGAUGGAUGGAUGAGUGUGGGAUUCCUGCGUGUCGUGUCGAUGUU